AUGAUUCGGUUCUGGGCUGUUGUCAACAAAGAGCUGCUAUGUUAUGCCCAGUGUAUCAUGCAAUUUGAAGAGGAUGAAGAGAAGCAGAGAAAAAAGAGAAGAUGGUGGGGUCGUGACUGGCUUCUGCGCAGAUCAAUCCAUGGUCAGUAUGACGCCCUGAUGGCAGAAUUACAACUUGAGGAUCCUGAAGCUUUCGUGAACUUUCUGCGCUUGGACAUAGCCACAUUCCAUGAACUGUUAGCAAGUGUAGAGGACCGUCUCACCAAGAAUAGGACCCGAUGGCGUGAUCCUGUGUCUCCUGGACUCAAGCUGGCUGUGACAUUAAGGUUCUUGGCUACUGGAGACUCACACCACUCACUGAUGUAUAAUGUCAGACUUGCUCACAACACCAUCUCAGGAAUGAUUGUUUCCGUGUGUAAUGCUAUUUUGGAUGUCAUGGAAGCUGAGGUUAUGAAGACUCCUAUCGAACCCCAAGAUUGGUUACAAGUGGCAGAGCGAUUUCAAGGAAGAUGGCAAUUUCCACCUGUCUUGGGUGCUCUUGGUGGCAAGCAUAUCGCCAUACAAAAGCCCUCCAAUUCAGGCUCUACGUAUUAUAACUACGAGGGGUUCUGCUCCAUUGUAUUAAUAGGCCUGGUUGAUGCAGAUUACAAUUCCGAUGGAUUCAGGUUGGUGAUGUUGGGUCUAGCUUCGACAGCCAAAUAUGGAACCACUGUGCCCUCCACCAAUCAAUACAACAGGGAGCCUUUAUCAUUUGAUAUACCCUAUUACAUCAUUGCAGAUGAUGCCUUUGCCAUGCAGAGUUGGCUAAUGAAACUAUUCCCUCACCGGGCACUGGCACACGAUGAGCUAGUAUUCAAUUAUCGCCUUUCAAGAGCUCGCCGUGUGGUUGAGAAUGCCUUUGGGAUACUCGCAAACAGAUUCAGGUGUCUGCUUCGCACUCUCCAGGUUCAGGUAGAUACUGCAUCUUUGAUAGUGAGAACGUGUGUGGUGCUGCACAACUACCUGAGAGAAAGGAACCCCUCCAAUGAUGUCAUGACCCUGGACAAGGAAGAUGCAAACCACAACUUGUAUGACCCAAUAGUUCUGACCCUCAUUUUCAUCCCUUAA